GCUUGCUGCAGCUUCCCAGCUGCCCACCUUUGCCUACGUUUUUCGGGAAGAUGCUUGCGUUGCCGGCGCGGCGGCGGGCAGCGUGCCAGGUCCAGGGAGGCUCAUCGCCGACCCCAGGGCUUCGCAGCGGGACGCGCUCGGCACGACGGCCGCCCAUCCCCGGCUGUGCCGGCGGUACCCAGCUGGGAGGAGCGGGGAGGGGUUGGGCUGCAUCCCUCAUCCCCAUCCCUGCGGGAUUGCAAGCGGUCCAGUUGAUCACCGGAACGGGGAUCUUAAAGGCGUUAAAGCUCGGGAGGGUGGUGGAAAGUCGCGGGGAGGAGAUGCGCCCGGCGCCCGCGGCCGGGGGAGGAAGGUGAGGAAGAGCGAGGGCACGGGGAUGGCGCCUGGACGCUGUUGCGGCGGCGGGGUGCUCAGGGGUCCCGUGGUUUUCCGGACGUCGUCCCUGCGCUGGAACGCCGGCACCAAGGAGCGGAUGCUGAUCAAGGUGACGGACCGCGAGCCCAGCUUCCUCAUGCACCAAGGCAACGGCUACGCGCCCGACAACCAACCGGGCAGCCGUUCGCGGCGCCCUUCGGGGGGCCAGCAGUCGCCCAACCUCCAGACCUUCGCCCCCGACUCCGACAACUCCGUUUUCUUCCCGGAGAGGAAACAGUCGCCCUUCUUGAAGAGGGCUGAGCACGUGGGCAGCUGCUCGCCGCUGCUCGCCCAGCACCGCAAGCACUCCAGCGAGUCGCAGCCCUCCUCGCCCCGCUACGCCUACGAGCCCCCGCUCUACGAGGAACCCCCCAUGGAAUACCAGGCUCCCAUCUAUGAUGAACCCCCCGUGGACAUGCAGUACGAAGCCAGCGGGAGCUACAAAGCCGGCUCGCCGCAGAAAUCGCCCAUCCGGAAACCUCACCCCUUCCUACAGUCGCCCAAACAAAGCUCCAACUCGCCCUACCAGCAGUUGGUGCUCACCAAACAGAAGUGUCCCGACCGGUUCAUGAGCCUGGAGUACAGCCCCGCCGGCAAGGAGUACGUCAGGCAACUGGUCUACGUCGAGCAGUCGGGCUCCAGCCCCAAGAUGAAGACGGGGUUGAGGCACAAAUAUUCCCCCAAUCCCAUCGGUGGCUCCUACUCGCUCCAGCACAGCCCCUGCCUGGUCCGGGACCAACGCCUGGAGAUCAAAUCGGGUGACUACAGCAGCAUGGAGGGACCCGACUUCUGCCCUGGCCCAACGAGUGGCCAGGUGGCCCAGGGCGAGGACUCCAUGUCGUGGUCCAGCCAACAAGACACUUUGUCCUCCACCGGCUACUCGCCCUCCACCAGGAAGAGGAAAAGCCGGAAGCCUUCCCUAUCCCACGACCCCAACGCUUCCUCCACGGAUGGCUCAGGAGACCGGGAAGUGUUGGGUGAGCAGAUGCUGGGUGAGGAACGAGCCACCCCGGGACCCAACAGGUCACCGAUGAACCGUACGGAGAGCAAGGCGGUGGAGGCGGAGGCGGCGCGGGGCUUCCCCGAGCCCUUCCUGGCCCAGGCGCGCCUGGCUUGGGAAGCCCAGCAAGCUCAUUACCAUAUGAAGCAACGGAGCAGUUGGGACUCCCAAAAGGACGGUUCGGGCUACGAGAGCGACGGCGCCCUCCCGUUGCCCAUAUCCAGCGGGAUGGUCCCCGGGCGAUCCCACGCCUUCGUAGCCACCCAGCGCCGGCACGGGCACCUCCGCGCCGUGGCAGCCUCCGCGCUUCAGCCGCUGCUUCGCCUCCCUCGG